AUUACAAUAUUUUUUUCUGAUCGCAUCACCGAAACACUCUUCAUUCACUGGCUGAAGAUGUUGCGGGAUGUUUAUUGGUUUGCAGAUGAACAGCUGAAUUUUGGAAUUUGUAUUUCACUGUUCCCACGUUUGCAACUUUAAGUUACUGAAUAUGGAGCUGCUGUAUAACAAGGACGGCAAUUCCGUCGAUGAAAAUGGAUAUAUUGAUAUGCUUAAAGACCUCAAGAAGCAUUCGUUUAUGUCUAUGAAGUUUGCAACGAAAAGUUUCUCCCCGCCCAAGUAUAGUCACUGCAAGCAAAGGCAUUCUACCGACGUUUGGAAAGAUGUUCUAAAAUCGGAUCGUGUCCAUUGGAUUGUGAGACAAAUUUCACGAAAAGAAGGGAAAUCUGAAGAAGAAACCUUCAAAGAAGCAGAAGUAAUUCUCAAAGAGUUGGCAUAUACAGAUCACAUGUCCAUACUUCGUACUUUCGCCUUUCUUUUGAUACAAAUACAGUCUUCAAUUUACCAGGAUGGAGUGUUUGUUAACGUCCAGGAGGUGGAAAACAUUCGUGAAAUGGUGAAACAUCAUCCUAUAGUGUUCAUGCCGAGCCACAGGAGUUAUAUGGACUUCCUAAUGAUGUCUUUGGUUUGUUUCUACCUGGAUCUACCGUUACCUGCUAUUGCUGCAGGUAUGGAUUUUAUGAGCAUGAAAGUAAUAGGUUCAAUGCUAAGGGCAUCUGGUGCCUUUUUCAUGAGAAGGUCUUUUGGUUCUGAUCAGAUGUACUGGGCACUUUUCACUGAGUAUGUGCAUACCAUACUUAUCAAUGGGGAUCGGCCUAUGGAGUUUUUUAUUGAAGGCACCAGAAGUCGUGUAGGAAAGUCACUUAACCCCAAAUUCGGUUUGCUUUCUGUUAUCUCUGAGCCGUAUUUGAAAGCUCAGACAUAUGACGUUGUAAUUGUUCCAGUUAGUAUUUCAUAUGACCGCAUGCUUGAAGAGAGGUUGUAUGCUUAUGAGUUACUUGGGGUUCCUAAACCAAAAGAAUCCACUUCAGGUUUAUACAAAGCAAGUUCUAUUCUGCAAGAUAACUAUGGUAGUGUUCAUGUCCAUUUUGGACAGUGCUUGUCUUUGAGAGAGUAUUUCGGUCACUUAGAUCGUGCAGUUCACGCAUGUUAUCCGAGGUACAUGCUUCGUCUGUCAUCGCAAGAAGAGAAACACAUGAAACUUCUUGGUUAUAAAAUCCUUCAAAAGCAGCAGGAGAACGCUAUGUGCUCUCUGUGGAGCGUCGUGGCUCUGGUGCUCUCAACACACCCUGCUGGGAUUUCGUUGCACCAUCUCAUCUCAGAAGUGCAAUGGAUAAAGAGUAUUGCGGUUAAGUUGAAUUUCCGGAUUUACUGGCCACCAGGCACACUGAAAGAAACAGUCCAGAAAUGUUUGUUUCAGUUUAAGCAUAUUGUAAGCACACAGACGAAUUACCAAGUUCCAAAUUCCAUCGAUUGGGUCUCUGUGUUGCAACAGAAGUCAAAGAAAAAAAUAAACAAUAAACUUCAAAUGCUUGACCCUGUAAUACAAGAGAAUGCAGCUCAAUAUAUAAUGAUUGCCAACUACCGUAAUCAACUUCUUCAUUAUCUUAUCCGACCUGCACUUUUAGCUUUCGUGUUGCACAAACAUUCCAUACCUGGAGAGAUCAACACUUUCACUAAAGACCUAUGCCUUGAAGAUUUCACCUUUCUAUCAAAAUUGCUCCGAAAAGAUUUCAUCUUUGUUCCUGAUAAAAGCAAGGAAGAUUUAGAAGAAGCUAUCCUCUUCUUCUCAGAGAUGGUGGUGUUAUCAAGUGACGGUACAACCUACACAUUGGCAGGACACAGCCAUCGAGUUUUACGCUUUUUGAGAACGGUUAUCAACCCUUUCCUGAUUGCUUACUGGCUAACAAGUCAAUUCCUUAUCAGUUCUGAAGCACCUUUGUAUUUGCCCAAAUGUUAUGGACAGGUUCAACAGUGGAUAGCAGCACACUUGGAUACAGAAGGUGUUGAACCUGAAAUGCUGUCGUUAAACUUGCUCUCAAAUGCAGUGCAUGGAUUGGAGGGGUUGGGUGGAGUGGUCAUAAAUAAGCUAAAGCAUGACGUCAUAAUUCAACUCGAAACUACCGAUGACGAAGAAGACGAUGACGUCACAAAACAUUCAGGAAAAGAUCAAAUGGCUCAUGUUCGGUUUGCAUGGGAGGAUAAGACAAAUGAAAAACAUGAAAAAGUGGUUCGACCAUCCACUAUUGCUACUGCUGCUGAGUUCCCAACCACUGGCGGCGCUAGAAGUCACAUGAAAAGUGAACCGGCUGAUAUUCCAACCAACCACACACAAGAGAAUACUAAUGAAGAAAAUGAAACAGGUUCCAGAAAGCAGCGUGCCCACAGCGCCACCAGCGGACGGAGUAGUCAAGCCUCGCUGACAACAUACCAACGAAGGCGACGAUUACAAAAUAUGAUGGUACGAAAGCGAAAUCCGCUCGAAAUCAAAAAAGAAAUGAACGAGAAAGACGGAGUUCGUGUUGACGGAAAAGUUCGGGAAUAUUUGGCUGGUUUGGCGGACCGAAUGAAGAUCGAACUCCCGCAGUUGACGCCCUGGGGAGUCGAUGUUGAAUGAAUGUAAAUAAAUUAUCCUCGCAUUUGUUAUAACACAGCUAUUCUUUUCCAUACAUACGUGCCCACUUACGAGUUGCCAAAAUCUAACUCCUCGGUAAUUGCUUUUACGGAAAACUUCUUGCGUAGAUUUACAUUUUGUACAACAGAAUGAACACUCGCAUAGAAAAAAUGUUGUUAAGAAUUUUCAAUACAUAAAACAUAUUGGUAUAUUGGUACUAGC